AUGUCGGGGCCCAACGGCGAGCCGCACGCGCCGGGGGACGGCGGCCGCGACAGCGACAGCGACGGCGACGGGGACGGGGACGGCUUCGGGGAGGAAGAAUAUGCAUCAAUAAACUCCAUGUUGGACCAGAUCAACUCCUGCCUGGAUCACCUGGAGGAGAAGAAUGACUACCUCCAUGCCUGCUUGAAAGAACUGCUGGAGUCAAACCGCCAGACCCGCCUGGAGUUCCAGCGGCAGAGUGCGCAGCAGGGGAGGGAAGCUGAUGCGCAGGGAGCACAGCCUCCCACCUAGAGUGCUGGCUGCCAGCCCACGAGUAGCAUUGCUGAGGGGACAGACUGGUCACCAAUUUAACGUCAAAUUUGAAUAGAAGAGGCACCUUCUGCCUGUUGCUUGUUCCUUCCUCUGGUUGUGUCCUGCUCUUCACCUCCAUGUUCUUUUCUUUAGCUGUGUGCUAGGUGCAGAAGCUCUCAGGUGGAUGCAGGAGAAUGGGGUCUGUUUGCUUCCCAGCAUGAGCUGGGCAGCAACUUGCUGGUUGUAGGAAAGCUGAUGCCAUGCAGGUUGUUGGCAGGCAGGCCUCUUCACAAAGAGGAAAACUGAUCUCUGCCCUUUUGUUAAAAGCAAGCAGGAAGUGUUAGGCUGUAGCCUCCUUGCUCCCAAAGCACAGUGGGCAGGAGCUGUCCUGACUCCAGGCUUGCUCCAAAGUGUAACUUGUGAGAGACUGGGAGAGGCAGGCCCUAGGGCAGCUCCUGCCUUAUAACUACAGCUUCCUUUUGUUCACAUCACCUGUGACGGACAAAACCUUGGCAGAUGCUCCCAGAUCACUGCAUGUGUCCCCUCCCCAGCAGUUAAGCUACCAUACGUCUGACCGCUGGAACUGGAAGCUGCCAUCAAGGAUGUGGAUGUUAGGCAGAGCAGCCAGGUCAGGGCCCAGCACAGAGCCAGGAGCCUGCCUGCGAGCACAGUGCUCCCUGUUCUGAAAGGAGAAGGCAGAACUGGAACUGGACAGGUCUGCAACUGUGAUCCCGUCAGGGUGUCCUGGUGCCAGCACUGUGAAGCAAGCCUUGCUGCUCUGCUUCUGUGUAAUUAAAAGGAGUUUUGUUGAAAGUUAAGGAAGUUGUAAGAAAGCCAAUUUAUUAAAAUUACUUUCAAAUAGAAUGUGUUGCUGAGAAUCCUGAGAACAGCCUGGAUUAAACCACGUGGCAUUACUGACACAGGAGCAAGGUGCAUGGCUCUCUCCUGGCACAGGGACAGCACUUGUCCAGCUG